AUGAUGCUUCAAAUUGUGGAGAAGCUACAAUCUCCCAGCAAUUGCAGGUGUGAUGAGAAACUCAAGAGACAAACUCUCCAGCAAACCAUAGGCAAUGAGACCUCAUUCCAGUCUGAGAAGGGACCAAACUGCAACCAGACUCCCAACCUCCCGGCAAGUGAUAUCCCACAAAACAGUCAGAAGAAAGCUGUGUCCAACCUCGGAUCAACUGAGAACAUGCUACACAUACUGAAACUGAGACAGGCUUUUGGCAAAACAAAACUACUGGACAAAAGCUUAGACAGCCAAGAAGGAUUUUGGAAGAAACACCAAGAAGAAAAUGGCAAGAAGCCAUGGACCAGUCAUGCAUCCAAGAAACUGAAAUCCCAGCCCCUGGUAUCCAAAAGGGCACCAAAGAGCGGUCAUGUGGGUAGGACUGGGAUUCCUCAAAGCAGGAAGCCCAGGACUACUCAAAAGGCUGCAGAGCCCUUCAGCAAGAAACCAGCAUUUACAAACAGGGUUGCUGUAAAUGAGCAAACUGCAAAGGCAUCAUCUGCACAAGCUAGGUCAUUACAAGGCCAGCCCCUAACAACAAGCUCCCACAGCCUGGGAAAAGACAGUGCAUUUACACUAGCUGCAAUACCUAUCCGCAAAACACCCAGGGUCUCAAAGGCAAAGGAGCCACCUAAGACUGCACCAUUAAGGAUGGAGAGGGAAUCAUCCCCAAGCAAGAUAGCAGCCCCUCAAGCAGGAGGAGCAGUUGAAGAUACAAAGGGAGACAACUGGCAGAUAGUGGGCAACUCUUCUGAUGAGGCAGCCUGCAAGCCCAAAACCCACAUUGUUUUCCUGAAGGUACACAAGAGCGCCAGUAGCACUGUUAUGAACAUCCUGUUCCGCUUUGGCGAGACGCGCAACCUCACAUUCGCCUUCCCAUUCGAUGGUGCCAGUCAGCUGUUUUAUCCCCACUACUUCACUGCAGAGUUUGUAGAGGGAUUUGUUGCUGGGCAAGCUUUUCAGUUUAACAUCCUGUGCCACCACAUGCGGUUCCUGCCGACAGAGGUGCAAAGAGUGAUGCCCAGCACCACCUUCUACUUUGCCAUCCUGAGGAAUCCCGUCCAUCUCAUGGAGUCAUCCUUCACCUACUACAAAGGGACUUCUGCCUUCUUCCACACCAAGAGCCUGGAGGAGUUCCUCCAACAGCCAUCCAGGUUCUACAAGGCUGGAGAAUCUGACAGCCAAUAUGCUAAGAACCUCAUGACUUUUGACUUCGGCUUCAAUCACAAUGGGGAGGCAUCUGCCAAGCAUGUGCAGCUCAUGCUGCAAGCCAUCAAGACAGCGUUCAACCUUAUCCUGAUCUCAGAGUACUUUGAUGAGUCCAUGGUGCUGUUAAAGGAGGCACUGUGCUGGGACCUGGACAGCAUAGUCUCCUUCCCGCUCAAUAGCAGAGAUGGAAGCACCCGAGCACCCCUUCCAGACUUCACUGUGGAGAAGAUAAAGAACUGGAACAAGCUGGACUGGGAAAUCUACAUACAUUUCAACCAAACCUUCUGGGAAAAGAUUGACCGAGACAUAGGCCGGGAGCGCAUGGGCCAGGAAGUGAGAGCACUGCAGAAAAGACGGGAGCAGCUGGUGAGGACCUGCCUGCAAGAAGGAGAUAGUGUAGCACCUGAAGAAAUCAAGGACCAGUCCCUGCUGCCGCUACAGUAUGGCCAAGCCAGAAUCCUAGGCUAUAACCUGAAGCCAGGGCUGGACAAGAAGACAGAACAGAUGUGCCGGCGCCUCAUAACUCCUGAGCUUCAGUACAGCAGGUCUCUGUAUAGCAGACAGUUUCCUCAGAAAGCCCUGAAGGGCCACAAACCAGCUCCUCUGCCCAGAAAGCACAACAGGAGGACAGUAUGA